AUGCGAUAAUUUUCCUCCCUUCUUCUUUCUCCUCUUAAACAUUAUCUUGAUUUAUCUACAGUAACAAAAAUGGCGACAAUGGCGACGCAGGGGCCUUGGCUCAGGGUUGUAUCCGUAUCUCCGACGAAAUCAACAGAGCUCGGUUCUCUGACUUCCCAACUCAGCGGCGUAAGAAUUUCACAUGGUUACAGUGAUGCCAUCAAUCGUAUAACCUUACCUUCUGUUCCCUCUCUCCAACCCAUCGUCGCUCGUAGAAUCUGCCCUUUUACGGGGAAGAAAGCAAACAGAGCUAACAAAGUGUCCUUCUCUAACCACAAGACCAAGAAGUUGCAAUUCGUCAACUUGCAAUACAAAAAAGUUUGGUGGGAAGCUGGCAAACGUUUUGUCAAACUUCGUUUAUCAACCAAGGCCUUGAAGACCAUUGAGAAGAACGGCCUCGAUGCUGUUGCCAAGAAAGCUGGCAUAGAUCUAAGUAAGAAGUAGAAAUUGUAGAUUCAUCUGAGGUAUGUAGUCGUCUUUUUGGUACUAGUCAUGACCCUUUUGUUUUCCUACUCAGUUCGGUAGUCUUUAUUGGUUUUCUGAUAAGAAAACCAAUAGUUGAGCUUUGUCUCAUUCAUGCCAUUGUCGGGUUAGUCCGCUUUGUUCAAUCCUUAAUGUCUAGUUCAUCUCAGGAAUCGCCAAAAACUACUUAGAUAAGAUUGAAAAGUAAAUUUUGUCAAGAUUUUUAAUUUUCCUCAGUAGAAUCAUUGAAUGGUAAAUGUUUCAAA